AGUGAGCAAAACUCUAACCCUCACUGCGGUGCUUGGAGGCAGAGAAGGAAAAUGAGUUCAGCAAUGUCACCUUCUUCAUCAUUGGGCCUCUCAUGAUGUUUCUGAUGCAUUCCUAUGCCCAGAAGCGCUCUCGCUGGAUUUAUAUCACUUGGAUCCUCUUCAUGGUCAUAGGCCUCUUCUCCAUGUACUUCCACAUGACACUUAGCUUCCUGGGCCAGCUGCUGGACGAGAUUGCUAUCCUGUGGCUGUUGGCCAGUGGUUACUGCAUAUGGAUGCCUCGCUGCUACUUUCCCACUUUCCUAGGAAAGAAUAGGCCCCAGUUCACCUGUCUGGUCCUCAUCACCACUGUGGUCAGCACCUUCCUGUCCUUCCUGAGGCCCGUGAUCAACGCAUACGCUCUCAACAGCAUCGCUGUGCACAUCCUCUUCAUCGUGUUCCAGGAGUAUAAGAAGACCAGCAGUAAGGAGGUCCGGCACUUAAUGGAGGUCUCCGUAGUUUUGUGGGCGUUUGCACUGACCAGCUGGGUCAGUGACCGUGUGCUUUGCAGUUUCUGGCAGCAGAUCAACUUCUUUUACCUGCAUAGCAUCUGGCAUGUGGCCAUCAGCGUCACCUUUCCUUACGGCAUGGUUACCAUGGCCUUGGUGGACGCCAGGUAUGAGAUGCCAGGUCACACUCUCAAGCUCCGCUACUGGCCUCUGGACACGUGGCCCGUGGGGCUCCCCUACGUGGAACUCAAUGACGACAAGAAGUGCUGAUGUCUGCCGGCUUCUUGACGAGCCAGCCACCUGCCAACCCACCUGUGUCUUGAGGAAGGCGGCCUGGACCACGAGUCUGAGAGACACUCCUGGGUUUUUCCUCCAGCUCCCUUCCCCCUCCUUCUGGCCCUGCAUGGCCCCGCCCCAAGACGGGACUGCGUGACCCUUCUGCGAUGGGUCCACUGCUCCACCUGCCCUUAUUCUCUUUCAGUUCCUCCUUUGUGUCACUUUGUGAGGCUGGAUCACCACGAGCUGUGAUUACCUGGCAUCCACUGCGAAUGAUGUCGGGCCGGGACUUGGUCCCCGGGCUUCUCAUAAAUAGUGGUGGUCACUCCCAUACUCUCUGGGCCUGUCCUUGGCCAUGCAAUGUUCCUGGCGCCUGGGGGGGGGGCGGGUGUGCCAGAGCAGGUCCUGCACUCACACAUGUGCCCACAGACUCAUCGGGCUGUGUCACUGGUGGACAGUCGAGCAACAUAGAGGCCCAGACUGGGCAAUCUGGCUCUUUGGGCAUCAGGAGAGGAGCUGGGGUGGCCUAUCUGGGCUCUCAAAGUGAGGGGAGAAGAGCAGGGUGAUUUCCAUGGGGGUUAAGAGCACAGGGCUUGCUGGGGGGCUCAGUUGGUUAAGUGCCCAACUUUGGCUCAGGUCAUGAACU